AUGAAGAUUCCAGCAAUAUUCGUCACGUCUCUGCUGGUCUGGGGAUUGGCCAAGGGCCGCGUGAUUAAUCAAUCCCUGAAGUCGAACGUGGAUAAUCAAGGAGCAGCAGGACAAGUCGGCGAUGGAUCUGACGCGAUUGGCUCCUCCAUAGAAAACGCCCUAAAAGUUGCUCGAGCGUCUGAGAACGUGGGCCUGAAUCUGGAAUUGAACGCAGGCGCGCGUGCUGCCAGUGUUGCCGCUGCUGCCCAGGCCAAAAAUACAGAGGCUGCGGAAGCAGGAGCAAACGCCGCUCUGGCCGCCGCCAUUGCCAAACGGGAGGAAGCGAUUAAAGCCAGCGAGAUAGCAAACCAGUUGUUGACUAAUGCAGCAAAGGCGGCAGAGGCAACUGUAUCAGCAACGAAGAGGGCAGCACAAUUGACGGCUGCGGCGAAAGAAGCAACCAGAGCUUCUGCAGCCGCUGCUGAAGCUGCCACGGAGGCCCAGGUAAAGGCUAACGCCGAUUCGAUCAUCACGAAACGGGCUGCGAUUGCCGAGGCUCAAGCUGCAGCGGAAGCUCAAGUUAAAGCAGCAAUCGCCAAGAAAUCGGCAGCGAACUUUUUGGCUAAGGCUCAAGUAGCAGCUGCUGCGGAAUCCGAGGCCACGAAACUCGCGGCCGAAGCCGCAGUGGCAUUAACAAACGCAGAAGUCGCCGUGAACCAGGCUAGGAACGCACAGGCAACCGCCUCGACUCAAGCUUCCGCGGCUGUUAGGGUAGAUUCUCAAGCAGCGAAUGCUGAAGCAGCCGCUGUAGCACAAGCCGAAACUCUCUUGGUUACGGCAGAAGCUGUCGCAGCUGCAGAGGCUGAGGCUGCGAGCAAAGCCGCCUCACUAGCAAAAAAGAUCGUCGAUGAGAAAAAAAUACGAACGGCAUCAAUCGACAAAGUUCCGUCGACCAUGCAGAUCCCAACGCUUCUCGUCAUAUGCUUGCUCGGUACAUCGGGCUUGGUGCACGCAGGCGUCGAGGAAUUCAAGGCAACCGAGGAGGUGAUCGGCAAAAAGUUAGAAGUCGACCUGUUGAAAAAUGUGGACACUAGCGCGAAACGAAAAGAGAACGGCGCCCCAGUGCUCGGCAAGAACAUAUUCAAAUCCCUGGAGAAGAUCAAGGCAUCGGUAGGCGCGGAUGCUAAAGCAUCAGCCGUGGUGAAAGCGUCCGCUCUGGCUCUUGCAGAGGCCUAUUUGCGAGCGUCUGCAUUGUCAGCCGCCGCUUCAGCCAAGGCAGCCGCUGCCCUGAAGAAUGCGCAACAAGCGCAAUUAGUCGCCCAGGAGAAGGCUUUGGCCGCGUUGAAAGCUCAGUCCGAGGAAGAGGCAGCUUCUGCUCGUGCGAACGCAGCAGCCACUGCGACACAGUCGGCAGUGGAACGCGCUCAAGCCUCCUCCAGGAUAGCAACGGCCGCCCAAGAUGUAGCCAGCGACUUGCAGAAACGGACCAGUACCAAGGCCGCGGCUGAAGCCGCUGCUACCCUCAGGCAAUCACAGGACGCAGAACAGACCAAAUGGAAUGCCAAAUCUGCCUUGGAAACCUCCGCCGCUGCAGCUGCCGCAGAAACGAAGACCACUGCCUCUUCGGAGGCCGCUAGCGCCGCCGCCAAAAAGGCGGCCGCGAUAGCUUCUGACGCGGAUGGCGCGGAAAGGUCGGCAUCUACCGAGGCACAGUCAGCUGCGAAGAUUGAAAGUGUGGCAGCCGCCGAAGGAUCUGCCAACUCGGCCUCCGAGGAUUCCCAGGCCGCGCAAUUGGAAGCCUCUGCCGCGGCGAGAGCCAACGUGGCCGCAGCUAUCGGGGAUGGAGCGAUUUCAGGACUUGGACAGGACGCGGGUGCCGCGGCUCAGUUGCUUGCACAGGCGAAGGCAUUAGCCGAAGUUAGUUCGAAAUCCGAAAAUAUUGAGGAUAAAAAAUUUUGA